UAAUGAAAUUAAGCUAAACUCCUUAAACCAAAGUUUCUAGAAUGGAUGAAACAUUUUCAACAGAUAUACAUAAUAUGUGUUAUAGUAGAGUCAACAUUCUUACAAAUGAAGUAGAAAAGUUAACAGAUGUUUUGGGAACAGCAUCUUAAGAAAUGGAAGUUCUAAAAGAACAUAAUCGUGAUUUGUAAAAUUAAUUAACUGAGAUGGAACAUUCAAAUUAAAUUGUAAUAUUUUAAUUUAAUAUAUUAGAUCAACUAAGAGUUUGAUAAUAUUUGUGAAAGAUUAAAAUAAAAAAGUAUAGAAGCAGAAGAAUAUGCCUUUUAGGUUUAAAAAUUAACUCUAUAAAAAUAAGUAUAAUAUUAUUUUAGAUUAUUAUUAUAGGAACUUACAUAAAAUUUGAAUAAGGUAUUGAAUGAAUUGGAAUAAAUAAAUUAAGUGAUUGAUAUUAAGGAUUAGGAAAUUUAAUCUGGAAAAUAAUAAUUUAUUGCAAAAACAGAAGAAUUAUAAUAAAGUUUAUAAUAAACUUAUCAUUUGGAUUAAGCUUUAAAAGUAGUAAAGGAUGAAAAAUUAAAAUAUAUUUAUGAAUAUUAAUAACUAUAAAAAUUGGUUGAGGAAUAAUAAUAAUAAAUAAAGGAAUUAGAUGAGUAUCGAAUAGCUUAUGAAACAUUGAAAGUAGAUUUGAAUAUUCUAAGAGUCAAUUAUACAAAUUUAUUGAAUUAAAAAUUAGAAGAAAAGAAAGAGUUAGAAGCUCAAAUUGAUGUUUUAAGAGAUAUGCAUUCUUAUACUAUUGAAGAUGCAUAAUUAAAAUAUGCUGUAUAAUGAAUCUUAUUAUAUUGAUAGGAUUAAAUUAAAUAAGAAAUAGAAUCAUUCAAAUAGUUAUAUGAUGAAUAAUACAAAUUUGAAAGAAUGACUUAUGAAUCUACAUUAGAUUAAUUAAAGAAUUAAGUGGGUACACUUUCAAUGCAAUUACAAAAUGCUGAAAUAUUGAUUAAUACUCAUAAAUAAAACUUAAUGAAUUAAGCUUAAUUGAGUAUGUUUGAGAAAAGCAAUUAAGUAAGUGAAUUAAAGGCUUAAAAUUAUGUCUUAUAAGAAUCACUUAUUACAGCUAAUAGAGAAUUAAAUGAAUUGAAAUAAUAAAUGGAGAAUGGUAAUAUUAUUAGAUUUGAUGAGGAAGUAAGGAAAUAGAUAGAAUAUAAAUUAGAUUUAUGUUAACAAUUACAAAAAGAUAAAGAAGAACUUAAUAAAGAAAAUGAAUAAUUAAAAAGAGAAAAUAGAUUAUUAAAAGAAAAUAAUGAAUUGAUGUAAUAAUAAUUAUCAUAACAAUAAUCAAAUAUAAGUUAAUUACCAUAAUCUGUAUUAUUAAGUUAAAUAUCACCAUCAGGUAUUAAAUAAUAAUAUUAAUUUUAGGAAUUACACCAGGAUAAAAAAUCAAUGAUAGUGAAAAAAUCAAAUAUUUAUUGAAGGCUGUUGAUCAAUUAUAAAAUGCAAUAAAAGAUAGAGAUUAAGAGAUUACAAAAUUAUCAUAAAUGGCUAGUACUAAUAUUGGAUUGUCUUCAUUGAUCAAUAAACCAAAUUCAAGAAUGCGAUUUUACCAUCUCAAUUCAGAAGAUAUAAAUUCAUUUGAUAAAUAAUUAUGA